AUGGCGACUAGCGUGGACAAUGAAUAUCAAUAUCCGCCCCUCGCUGACCCGUUGAGGGAUGUUCGACUCAUCGACCUACUUCCUGGCGAACUUGGGGACGAAAUCCGUAUCAAAAUCUUCCAUGCCCCCAUAGGCGAGACAGCGAAACUGGUAGACAACCGAUUGGACUUGGCAAAGCUCAAAGAGCUGCUCCCAGAACCAUGGUUUGUGCAAUCAACGGUGGAAGGACGGUAUAUAUUCGAGAACCCUCAUAAGCUAGGGCGUGGAUCCUGGCAAUGGGCUUGCCCGGUAGAGGAUGUCUCGCCCUCAACUUAUCUCCAACCUGGGGAUGGAGUUGAACGCUCCCAACCAAGAUAUGAGGCUCUAUCA